CCUUUCACUCUUCUAGUGGCUCUGAUGAAUUAAACUAAGGGGACUUUGUGUGCAUGGGAGUCAUAUUUGUGAGGAUUCAGCAUCCUGGUGAUGCACCACCACAUCUCCACCACCACCUCCUCCUCCUCCACCCUCCCCCUCUGCAGCCUCUCCAGCAGAAUGCCCGACAUGCAAACGGAAGCAGGCGCUACCAUUUUGAAAUACAGCACCGCCUAGCGCCAUGGACAAGAGCAACACAGUGAAGCUCUUCGUGGGCAACCUGGCAUUGGACACCACCCAGGAGGAGUUGUCAGCCAUCUUCGAGCCCUACGGCCAGGUGGUCAGCUGCAGCGUGCUGCGACAGUUUGCCUUCGUGCACCUGCAGGGCGAGGGCGCCGCCGAGCGGGCCAUCCGGGAGCUCAAUGGACGGGAGUUUCGCGGGCGGAAUUUGGUGGUGGAGGAGUCGAGGGGAAGGCCGCUGCACUCCACCAAGGUGUUUGUGGGUAAUCUGAGUGGGAUGUGCACCACCGAGGACCUCCAGCAGCUGUUCCAGACAUUUGGAAAAGUUCUUGAGUGUGAUAAAGUCAAAGCCAGGCAUUCCUCUUCCGCAGGCUAUGCCUUUGUCCACAUGGAAAACAAGGAAGACGCGCUCCAGGCCAUCGAGGCCCUUCACGGCACCUCGUUCAAGGGCCGCCCCCUGUCUGUAGAGCUGUCCAAGGUCCAGCCCAGCAAGCAGGCGCCUACGGGAAAAAUCCCCUGCGUUAACUGUGGAAAGCAGGGCCACUAUGCUGGAGAAUGCCCCGUGGGGAAGCCUUCUCUGGAGCAGUACCAGAGUCAGGCGGCGGUCCUGGCUGCCGCCGCUGCUGCAGCCGCUGGCCUGCCACUACAGGUCCAACAAAGCGUGCACAAUUCAGUCUACAACACCUCCACCUUUGAUCCCACAUAUGCGGCUCUCACCGGGAUCACCACGGGCACACGCACUGACGGGAAUCCAGUGAAUCCAGCUGUUUAUGGUGCCCUUGCCAGCCAGGUGUAUGGUGCCAAUGUUGCCAGUCAGCUUUAUGGAACAGUGGCCAAUCAGGCAGCUCUUCAAUCAGGCGCCACCCAAAUGUACAGCUCCAUGACCCCCAACAUCUACGGCCAGAUGACCGCGUCUCCGGCCGCAGCAGCCGCUGCUGCCUACUCACCUCAAGUUUACACCCCAGCUAUGGCCAACUCCCACAUCUACCUGUCUGCCGCUCAUGGAUUAGAAAUGCAGCAGGCAGCGGCCGCGGUCAACCCCGCCUACACUGUAUCUCCAGCGAUAUAUGGUGCUGCCACACCACACUACGCUCAUAUAAGCGCCAUGGGAGCAGCGGACCCUACUACAGCCAUCUUUGAGGCAGCCAGGCAGGCGCAUUACUUUGCCCAGGGCCAGCAGGUUAUGGCUGACCAGCAGUCAGUGGUUGCUGCGGCAGCAGCGGCUGCGGCGAAGUCUGGCGAGAGGGACCGCAGUCCUCUACGGAGGUCAAUACCUCUGCUGCCAGACCCCGUGAUGAAGCCGUUCAUGUACCAGAGAGCCAAGCCGCGCCGACCCCUGCUCCCGACGCCGGCUGGCCGAGCAGCAGAAGAGGCAGAGGCUGCAGAGGACCCCAUGGCCAGGUACUAUGCGGAGUACUACCAGCAGCUGCAGCAGUACCCCCAGUUCCAGUACGCCUACCCGCCGCCAAACGCAGUGGCGGCCAUCUCUGGCAUGCAAGGAGUGUCGGCUGUGUCGGCGUGCCCUACUGUUUCCGCGAUGUCCGCCCAGUCGGUCGCCGCGCUGGAUGCCCUCAGGCCAGGGGUUCCCACCGCCGCGGCAGUAGCAGCCGCCAUGGCUGCGCCAAGGGUGUAUGAGCCGCCGUUGCCGCCGCCCACGCGCAAGGAGGCCAUCCUCCGCCGCCCCGAACUCUCCCUUCACACGCCUGAGCCCCCCUUCCGAUAGUCGCACACAACUCUCUGCCCCCCCCCACCCUGAACCCCAUCCCCCAUCCCCCUCUUCCACCCCAAACUUGACCACCUUACAGCAGCUGUGUGUGAGAGAAUGUGUGUGCGCCUGGGGUUUGAAACUGGGGGUUUAUUAACCUGCUUUUCAAGGGACUUGGUCCGCUAACCUUGGUCCUGUUUGCACACACACAGUGCAGCCAUGAAAGGGAGGCUCUCAUCUGUUAUACGGGCAUUCUUUGUGCUUCUCAGUUUUACUUUUUUUAUCGUGCCAGUCUCACACUUGUGCCAGUAUUAGACUGACCCAGUCAGUCGUUUCAUAUGCCUUUAUUUCCGCAACCCAGUUAUGAUUUUUCUACGGCCAAAUCUACGAUAAAAGUUCUUUAUCAGCCAUCCUCCUUGGGCCUAGAUGAUCAGUUAGGGCAGCUAAUUUGAAAACCUUUUUUGCCUUACGUUGGAGAGUUUACAUUUGUAAUGUAUUCAGAUGGGAAGUCAGAUAAACACAUAUUGUGUACAGGCUGCAUUGCAUUGUGUCCAACAGAACCACGGUUGUUUUUUGGGGGAAGGGGUGUUUGUCUUGAAUGUGAUGUGGAUGUAGUGAAGUGUGAAAGAGAGAGCGUAGAUGUGCGGGCUCCUGACCUUGCAGCGCACAAACGCAGCAGCUUAGACUGCACCUUGCAGAAAAAAAGCACACAUAACACGUACUGUAAUGUAUGUUUGGAUCUCUCCUCGACCCUUUUCCCCCACCUGUACUCUAACUACAACACUGGAAGACACUGCUUCACCUCUCUUUCUCUUUCUUUCUCUCUCUCUCUCUCUCUCUAAAUACAGCUGCCUACCUCUGACAGUAAACUUCAGUCUAUUCUAUUCUAUUCCACGCUUUUCACCCAGUCAGCAGUUUAGUUCCUGCUCUUCGUAGAGGUACAGGGUCAGCGCUUUAGGCAGGGAAGAGCUGGAUUUUUGUACAUAGUCUGUAUUAAGUCCUCCAACAUGUCUAGAGGCCUUUAAAAAAAAAAAAUAGUGUUUGUUUUAAUAUAGUUUACAUAUUAAAUGGGGUGUAAUGAAUUGUAAAUGGAGAAAAAAAAAAUCCAUGUGUGACUACUGAAUGAGCUGUUUACAAAGGAUCUUUACGCUGCAUCCUAUUGGAAUCAUGAUAUGUGACGAGCUCAAUUAUGUGCCUAUAAGCUUUGAGUGAAGUGCAUUACGUGGAGGGAUCUCCCAUUUCAAGUGCUUUUUAAUCAUUUCAAGGGGGGAGGGGAUAAACAGGAGCCCCCCAGAGCUUAGUAUCCACCUCGUGGACUUGCACUCCUGUACAAGAUUUGUUUCAUAUCAUAGGGUUUUUAAAAAAAGAAAGCCACAAACUGAGCCUCACGGGUUCAUAAUUAGCCGCCGGUUUUAAGCAGGAACGACAGUGAUAUAGCACCAAUGAAAUGAGAGGUGGGGAUGUGUCUUCCAGUCGCCCCGACUAUCCUACUUUUUCCAAAUACCAGACCUGCUUCAGAUUGUAAUUGCAAAAAUUGUGUCUGUUUUGAUGCGGUUAUUGGAUCUGGUAGGUGGGGUUUGCUGCUCCAGGACAACAAACAGGCAGAUUUUGCUUUUCCUGAGUGGCAAACUCCAUCUGGUUUCUACAAUCACUUAAAACAGUCACUUGGAUUUAUUUUUCUGCAACUACUAUUCGACAGCGGUCUGUCGCACACACACAUACCCUCCGAAAUCACCUUACUGCCUCGCUGUUUCCCCCCCCUCCCCUCUCCCCCUGUGGUUUUUAGUGGUUAAGUGCAUCUCACAGUGUAAUCUUUCUGUGUUGUAUAUACAAACACACACCAGUUGCAUCCUUUGUAGAAUUAUGUGGUUUGCGAAAUGUCUUGUUUGCCAUGUUUGAGACCGUAUUUUUUAGAGAAGUACUUUAAUUUUGCCUUUUUUUUUUUAAGAAAAGACAAAAAAAAAAAAUUUUAAAAAAAAUUGGCAUGCUUUUUAUUGAGAAUAUGUAUACUAUAAUCAUUAUUAUAAUAAAGAAUGUUUGGCUCACUACUGUGGUAAAAGAAAGCAAAGGGUUUGGACAUUUCCCCUUCUUGUUUAUGUUCUCCACUAUCUGUUUCUCUUGUGUAAAAACGACCACACAGGUGUAGAUGCUGGCCCAGCUUUGCUUUCUUUGGUCAGGGUAAGUGCGGGUUGGUGCUCCUUUCUCUCUCCAGCCUCUCAAACUGGGUGCAAACCGAAAUUUAGACGAAGGGGUUUGCACUUCAGAUGCACUUCAGUAUUAUAUUCUGGCAAGAAAGGCUGAGUACGGUCCUUAAAAUUGAUUUUCUAUACACGCUGUGGCAUCAUGUUGAGAGCUGGGGAGAGGCACACAGAUAGAAUGGCCUGGGUGCAUUUUGAUCUGUGGAGCAGUUCCUCUUUCUGGGGGUUGAUGGGUGUGCGUCUGGUCUGGUCUCUCCCUGCUGCACCAAAUUCUCCCCCCUUCCGUGUGUCUCUGUGUCUACUCUCAGACCUGCAUGUGUGAUAAUCUGUAAACUCUGCCGCAAAAAAAAAAAAGCCCAGUCCAAGACAGUCCAGCUCUGAACUAACUAUCUCAACUGAAUUAGGUCACCGGGCCACCUGGGACGGCCAGCGUGCAGCCGUGCGUGAGCGUGGCGGCGUGAGCCAUGGGGACGACUUUUAAGCGCGACGCCACCGCAGUGGGAACUUGUUCUCUCUCUCCUUCACCACCAAGGUAAAUGAAAAAAACGAACCAAAAAACAAAAGCACUGACCUCUCCUCUCCCCCCCACCUGCCGCCCCCUCCUUUGACUGUGCCUUGACCAAACACUCCUCCCCCCCCCUCCUCUCCUCCGCCAUCACCACUUCCCCCCUCCUUCCCCCGCUCCGUAACACCUCCUCUGCUGCAGUGGCAGUGCCAUCGGUGGGGGUGGCGGGUGGGGUAUGGGGUGGGGCUAUAGGACCCCUUUCCACAAGAGUCCUGUCUCGCAUUAGCAUACAAGACUGUGCCCUCUUUGUCCCGCUGGUGUCUGAGCUAGUAAAUAAAGGGAAGUGUGAUUGUGUGUUUAAAGAAAGAGCGCAUGGAUGUCUGAGGAACUUUAUUGGGUGGUGUUACUCCUGAUUUGGUGAGGCUUGGCACAUGCGGACACACCCUUACCCCUCCCCUGCCCGCUAGUCAACUCCUCUCCACCGCCGUAUUCGCCGCCCUCACCUCCCCCUCCCGUCCCGUCCCCUCCCUCCUUCCACCCCUACCUCUUACCUCCUCCUCCUCCUCCUCCUCAAUCCCACCCCGACUGUCCCUGUGCGCCUCUCCUCCUCUCCGCCGUUCACACAAACACACACAGCGCUUUUUUUUCCGCCGCCACCGCCGUCGCCACCUUGGAUCUGGGUUCGUGGCUCUGGCUCGGACUCAACUUCCCAGAACCACCCACCUGACCCCCCAACCUCCCCACCCUCCUUUGUAUACCAUAGAGGCCUGGGCGUGCCAAUGGACUGUGUAUGUGUGGUGGCCCGCCGCCGGGACUCAGUAACAUGACACACAGAGAGACUUCACUGUUGGGACAAAAUCGCUUUGCUAAAACUGUUGAAUGCUGGGUUUGCUCCACAUGGCUGUGGGAGGGAUCUUAACUCCUGUUUCCCAAAAGCUCCAUUAAGUGAUAACCUAAAACAAUUUUCUUACUUUUGGGGUCCCUCACAGCCUGUGUGCCAAUCAGAAACGUCCUAUAAGAUAGGCCUAUAGGUAUGAGGCCAGUCUGACCUGUAGAUUCUCAAUCUCAGGGUUCCUAUAGGACUUUUCUGGUACGGCAGCUCUAUUCCUCUAAUAACUGGGAUCAGCUGGACUGGCUGGGUAUGUGCUCUGAGUGACUUGUAUGUGUUUUUUUUUUUUUUUUACCUGUUAAGAUUGUCUAUGUGCUGAGAUAGAGAGCUUAACCCUCACACACGACCUCCACACUCGGUAUGUCAAAAUGAGUUGUCCGGCUGUUUGCUCUGACAGCUGCAAGAUGAAGUCAAGAGGGCGUUGCCUUCUGUGUUCUGCCUAACAAACAAAGGAGAGGGAAGAAGGAGGAGGAGAAGGGAUGAAUAGAUGAGUUGAUUAUAAGGUGAGUUGGUAGUGGAAGGAUCCUCUGUCCAAAGCUGCUCCCUAACCUCACCUUCCUGAUCUUGGAGGACCCUAUUGUAAGAUCUACCGGCCAGAAUCUUAUUCUGAAAAGGGCCCUUUAUACACUGGACAUUUUCAGCCGAUUAAACUGUUAUCAGGCUAUUAAAUAGGCGUUAUGAGUCUCUAUAAGCCCUAUGGAUGUGGGUCAGUAGGGACCUACUACUUGCCUACUUGUUUGUGUUCAAAAACAUGAUGCUUCAUUCAGUUUUACAACAUGUUAGAAUGUGUUGCUUUUAAGUUUUGCAUAGUAGGCCCCUAAUGACAUACAUCUAUGGCGCUUAUAGCAACUGAUAACGCCUAUUUAAGGGCCUGAUAACAGUCGAUUUGGGUGCCAUUUUAGUGUAUCCUGAUAAUGCAGCUUUGACUCUGAGGUGUCCAUUUCUUGGAUGCAACUGAUUUACAGACAUUGUAUGCACCCAAGAUACAAGAAAAUCUUUUCACAAAUUACUGUACUUGUAGUCAGGAAAACAACGCAACCCCAAGCCAAUUUUUUAUAAGUAUUACCCUGCAGCUUUAGAACGAGUAGACGUAAAUGGCUGACUCCCUUCCCGGCCUCCAUGAUCAGGGCGCGUGGUGCUCCGAUGUUUUCCCUCCGACCACCUCAUCCUCCCCACUCUCCCAACUCCUCACUAAAAGGCUUCUUCGGGUGCUUGCGAGUCUGGGCUUCCCGUGCUUGGGUGAAUGCAGCCACGCAUCUUUUAAACCCCCCUCCCCGCCCCCGUCCUCAUGCUGUACUGACGGCCUCGCUGCAGCCUCCUCCCUUACUUCCUCACCCACUCCCCCGUCCUCCCGCCUUCUGUAGUUUUGGACAGCCGAAGAAUCGUAGAUGCUCUUCAUGUACACAUCUCUGUACAUCUGUUCUCCUGCAGCAGGUAUAUCAGCUGAGAAGUGUGUGCAUCUGGAACACACUCCAGUUAGGUUUGAGCACACAACCCCCAUAGAACCAUAUUGCCUUUUGAGUUUUGCAAGUUGAGAUUCAGUAGGUUUAGCCAAUGUGAACAUUCUAGCUCUUCUAGCACAGAUGUGAAUCACAGGUAUCAGACUCUACUGCUGCUCAUCCUUUCUUCAGAUAAACACAAUAACGGUAGAGUCAUACCUCAGUCAUUACCUCAUCUACAGGGGGUUGAUGCAACAUCAACACCUGCAGAAUGUAAUGCAGUUCAAUAUAAUAUCCCUGCAUUUAUUAUUAAGAAGCUCAAUAGGUUUGUGUGUAGGAUUGGUAUUGGCUUGCAUUACAUUGUAAGGUGUUCAUGUUAUUUUGUCCACCCCCUGUCCAUUUUUUUUUUGGUCCAUAUUAUUAUCAAAACUCACAUAGUUGCAUUAUGUUUACAGUUCCCUCAGCUCAGUAGUAGCACAUUAACAGUAACCACAAAUAGUCACACAGUAGCUAAGCCUCUUCAAGUAGGUUAAUGGACCAAGCAGAGUGUAGUUACAUUUAAAUGCCUGAUUAAUUAUAAUAUACAUCAUUCUAGUUUCCAAAGAAACAUGAAGGGUGACAGGAUAUACGUGUCACCUCGAGAGGAUGGCAAUAUGAAUCGGCUCAUUUCAAGGAAAUUAGUUCCAGCACAAACUCGAAUGGAAAUGGGGUGGGGCAUUUUAGUUGAUGAAUGUUAGAUGAAAUCUUUGCGUCAACAUGUUUACUGUGAAUGACAAAUCCUGAUAUAAACACAAAUUCUAUUGUAAAGGUUGUGUAUGCAUAUAUAUGCCCUUUUUGAUCUGUAUUUCUUAUAAAAUGUUCGGAGGCAUUUUUCAGUCUGCAUGCAAAUCAUGAAUAAAUUCUUGUUUUUUUUCUC